GCCGGGUAUCCGGUCGCGAGAAACCGCUGCCGCUGCCGCCCGCCUGGCCCCGCAGCCCCGGGCAGUCCAUGGGGCGGGCGCGGCGUCGUUGCGGGCGUGGGCAGCCCUGGGGGGCAGCCGCUUAGGCGCUGUGCUCUUGUCCCCGCAGGUCGCAGCCAGGGCGGCCGGGCGCGUCCGGCCCCGGCCCCUGGAGCGCCCGCCGCGGUCCCCGCCUCCAUGGACGCCUUCAAGGGGGGCAUGAGCCUGGAGCGGCUGCCGGAGGGACUCCGGCCGCCGCCGCCGCCGCACGACAUGGGGCCUGCCUUCCACCUGGCGCGCGCCGCCGACCCCCGCGAGCCGCUCGAGAACUCUGCCAGCGAGUCGUCCGACACGGAGCUGCCAGAGAAGGAGCGCAGCGGGGAAGUCAAGGGGCCGGAGGACAGCGGUGCAGGAGGCGCAGGCUGCGGUGGUGCGGAAGACCCGGCCAAGAAAAAGAAGCAGCGGCGGCAGCGCACGCACUUCACAAGCCAGCAGUUGCAAGAACUGGAGGCCACGUUCCAGAGGAACCGCUACCCCGACAUGAGCAUGCGGGAGGAGAUCGCUGUGUGGACCAACCUCACCGAGCCUCGCGUGAGGGUCUGGUUCAAGAACCGGCGAGCCAAGUGGCGGAAGCGCGAGCGUAACCAGCAGCUGGACCUGUGUAAGGGCGGCUACGUGCCGCAGUUCAGCGGCCUGGUGCAGCCCUACGAGGACGUGUACGCCGCCGGCUACUCCUACAACAACUGGGCCGCCAAGAGCCUGGCGCCAGCGCCGCUCUCCACCAAGAGCUUCACUUUCUUCAACUCCAUGAGCCCGCUGUCGUCGCAGUCCAUGUUCUCGGCGCCCAGCUCCAUCUCCUCCAUGACCAUGCCGUCGAGCAUGGGCCCGGGCGCCGUGCCCGGCAUGCCCAACUCGGGCCUCAACAACAUCAACAACCUCACCGGCUCCUCGCUUAACUCGGCCAUGUCACCGGGCGCCUGCCCGUACGGCACGCCCGCCUCGCCCUACAGCGUCUACCGGGACACGUGCAACUCGAGCCUGGCCAGCCUGCGGCUCAAGUCCAAGCAGCACUCGUCGUUCGGCUACGGCGGGCUGCAGGGCCCGGCCUCGGGCCUCAAUGCGUGCCAGUACAACAGCUGACCGCCCCCGCCAGGCCCCGCGGGC